GGGAGCGGGCGGAACCUUUCCAACGCGCCUCGGAUCCACACGCGCGGCGGGGACAGUUUACGCCGCCGCACACGCUUUCCGGGCGCGCGGCUGUUCGGUCAGGACAGCAAAGGAAGGUGUGGGGCUUAUGCCUGCCCCUUCCUUGGUCUUUGCGGCAUGGACGUUCUAGCAGAAGAGUUUGGGACCCUGACCCCGGAGCAGCUGGUUGCGCCGAUCUCCACGGUAGAGGAAAAAUGGAGGCUGCUCCCAGCAUUUUUAAAGGUGAAAGGCCUUGUGAAGCAGCACAUAGACUCGUUUAACUAUUUCAUCAACGUGGAGAUAAAGAAGAUCAUGAAAGCCAACGAGAAGGUCACCAGCGACGCUGACCCGAUGUGGUACCUGAAAUACCUGAAUAUCUAUGUUGGGCUUCCCGACGUUGAAGAAAGCUUCAAUGUAACUAGACCAGUGUCCCCUCAUGAGUGCCGCCUGAGGGACAUGACGUACUCCGCCCCCAUCACGGUGGACAUCGAGUACACCCGAGGCAGCCAGAGGAUCAUCCGCAAUGCCCUGCCCAUCGGCAGAAUGCCCAUAAUGCUCCGAAGCUCAAACUGCGUUCUUACAGGGAAGACGCCAGCAGAAUUUGCCAAACUGAACGAAUGUCCUUUAGACCCAGGUGGCUACUUCAUUGUCAAAGGAGUUGAGAAAGUCAUUCUUAUCCAGGAGCAGCUGUCUAAGAACAGGAUUAUUGUGGAAGCAGACAGAAAAGGGGCUGUCGGAGCUUCAGUGACCAGCUCCACCCACGAGAAAAAGAGCAGAACCAACAUGGCCGUGAAACAAGGCCGAUUCUACCUGCGGCACAACACCCUGUCCGAGGACAUUCCCAUCGUCAUCAUCUUCAAGGCCAUGGGUGUUGAGAGUGACCAGGAAAUUGUGCAGAUGAUCGGGACGGAGGAGCGCGUGAUGGCCGCGUUCGGGCCCAGCCUGGAGGAGUGCCAGAAGGCACAGAUCUUCACGCAGAUGCAGGCGUUAAAAUACAUAGGGAACAAAGUAAGAAGGCAAAGGAUGUGGGGAGGAGGACCAAAGAAAACCAAGAUAGAAGAGGCACGGGAGCUCCUGGCCUGCACCAUUCUGACCCACGUACCACUUCUAUCUCUUCUUUUUGAAGAUUUGUUCAAAAAAUUUAAUUCUGAAAUGAAGAAGAUCGCAGACCAGGUGAUUCCCAAACAGAGAGCAGCGCAGUUCGAUGUGGUGAAGCACAUGCGCCAGGACCAGAUCACCAACGGCAUGGUGAACGCCAUCUCCACUGGAAAUUGGUCUCUGAAGAGAUUUAAAAUGGACCGCCAGGGUGUGACCCAAGUGCUGUCUCGCUUGUCCUAUGUGUCUGCACUGGGCAUGAUGACGAGAAUCUCCUCCCAGUUUGAAAAAACCAGAAAAGUGAGUGGUCCUCGCUCCCUGCAGCCAUCUCAGUGGGGGAUGCUCUGCCCUUCGGACACUCCUGAAGGAGAGGCCUGCGGUUUGGUUAAAAACCUGGCCCUGAUGACACAUAUCACAACCGACAUGGAAGACGGCCCUAUUGUGAAGUUGGCCGGCAACCUGGGCGUGGAGGAUGUGAAUUUCCUGUGUGGGGAAGAGCUCUCUUACCCCAACGUGUUUCUCGUCUUUCUCAACGGUAACAUCCUCGGGGUCAUUCGAGACCACAAGAAGCUGGUGAACACAUUCCGGCUGAUGCGCAGAGCCGGGUACAUCAAUGAGUUCGUCUCCAUCUCCACAAAUCUCACAGACCGAUGUGUGUAUAUCUCCUCGGACGGGGGCCGGCUGUGCAGGCCUUACAUAAUUGUCAAGAAACAGAAACCAGCUGUCACAAAUAAGCAUAUGGAAGAGCUCGCUCAGGGAUACAGGAAUUUUGAAGAUUUCUUACAUGAGAGUCUGGUCGAAUAUUUAGAUGUGAAUGAAGAAAAUGAUUGCAACAUCGCACUCUAUGAACAUACAAUUAACAAAGACACCACCCACCUGGAGAUCGAGCCCUUCACGCUGCUCGGCGUCUGCGCUGGCCUGAUCCCGUACCCACACCACAACCAGUCCCCGAGGAACACCUACCAGUGCGCCAUGGGCAAACAGGCCAUGGGUACCAUUGGAUACAACCAGCGAAACAGAAUCGAUACUCUCAUGUAUCUGCUAGCAUAUCCACAAAAACCCAUGGUUAAAACAAAGACCAUCGAGCUGAUAGACUUCGAGAAGUUGCCAGCAGGGCAGAACGCGACAGUCGCUGUGAUGAGCUACAGUGGCUAUGACAUUGAGGAUGCUCUGGUCCUAAACAAGGCCUCCCUGGACAGGGGCUUUGGCCGGUGCCUUGUGUAUAAAAAUGCUAAGUGCACAUUGAAGCGAUAUACCAACCAGACUUUUGACAAAGUGAUGGGGCCCAUGUUGGAUGCCGCCACCAGGAAGCCCAUCUGGCGACAUGAAAUUUUAGAUGCAGAUGGUAUUUGUUCUCCAGGUGAGAAAGUGGAAAACAAACAAGUGCUUGUGAACAAGUCCAUGCCUACUGUGACUCAGAUUCCGCUGGAAGGAAGCAGUGUGGCCCAGCAGCCGCAGUACAAAGAUGUGCCCAUAACUUACAAAGGAGCAACGGACUCGUACAUCGAGAAGGUGAUGAUCUCCUCCAACGCUGAGGAUGCUUUUCUCAUCAAAAUGCUGCUGCGACAGACAAGGCGCCCGGAGAUCGGGGACAAAUUCAGCAGUCGUCACGGGCAAAAAGGUGUUUGUGGCUUGAUCGUCCCCCAGGAAGACAUGCCAUUUUGUGAUUCUGGCAUCUGUCCGGACAUCAUAAUGAACCCGCACGGCUUCCCAUCGAGAAUGACGGUGGGCAAGCUCAUUGAGCUGCUGGCCGGCAAGGCGGGCGUGCUGGAUGGCAGGUUCCACUACGGCACUGCGUUCGGCGGGAGCAAGGUGAAGGAUGUGUGUGAGGACCUCGUCCGCCAUGGGUACAACUACCUGGGGAAGGACUACGUCACCUCCGGCAUCACCGGGGAGCCCUUGGAAGCGUACAUCUACUUUGGGCCCGUGUACUACCAGAAGCUGAAGCACAUGGUGCUGGACAAGAUGCAUGCCCGGGCCCGAGGGCCGCGCGCCGUCCUCACCAGGCAGCCCACUGAAGGACGAUCCCGGGAUGGCGGCUUACGUCUUGGAGAGAUGGAGCGGGACUGUCUGAUUGGCUACGGAGCCAGCAUGCUGCUGCUGGAGAGGCUGAUGAUCUCCAGCGACGCCUUCGAGGUGGAUGUCUGCGGCCAGUGUGGGCUGCUGGGUUACUCCGGCUGGUGCCACUACUGCAAGUCCUCAUGCCAUGUGUCCUCUCUGCGCAUCCCCUACGCCUGCAAGCUGCUCUUCCAGGAGCUGCAGUCCAUGAACAUCAUCCCCCGGCUGAAACUGUCCAAGUACAAUGAAUGAGGCUGCCGAAGAGCAGGGGACCAGGCUGAUCUCUGCCCCUGGGGAUAGCUCCUCUGCUGCAUUUCUCUCAAAACCAGAAGGAGCUGAGCUGAUGGAGAAGUUUCCUGUGUUUGAGACAGCUGACCAGGCAGGAGCCCUGAGCCUCAGGGAGAAAGCCAUCCACGUCCCACGGGGCACGCGGUCCCCAGGAAGUCUUCAGCUCGCCUGCCCCACCGUUCUCUGACUCUCGGAGGAUGAGUGGGUCACGUGACUUGUCAGCCGCCACCAUGCUGAGCCGGAUGUGGAGGGAGGGGACAGGCGAGGGGCUGUCUUGGACCCGCCCAGACUUUGUGCUGCUAAUCUUGGUGGGAUGGAGUCCUCUCUCCCACCCUUGCUAAGCAAGGCUGUCUUUUUGUGGGCGCGGCCCUACUGUCCGGAACCUCCCUGAUCGGACCAUGAAAUGAUGUUUAUUAAAUGCCUGAACAGGACUUCAUCA